CUUGCAUCGAGCAACAACCCCUCACACAGCUGGGUGUUAUAAAGUGACUUACAGUUAAGUGGAUUCUCCAACACGGAUUAUUUUUAAGAGCUGCCAAGAUGACAUUACAAUUUAAAGAUGCCUUUUGGGGUGUGGAUUUCAUCAGUAAUAUUGGGUAUGAGACUAUCAUGCAGAGGUUAAGUGAUGGUCGACGGACAUGCAAAGACAUGGAGGAGCUCUUGAAAAUGAGGGCAUCAGCAGAGGAGAAAUAUGGCAAGGAGCUGGUCACAAUUGCACGCAAGGCUGGAGGUGUAUAUGAGAUCAGCACUUUGAGAACAUCCUUUGAUGAGAUGAAAACACAAAUUGAAAACAUAGGGAACUUGCACAUUCAGCUGUCAAGCUUCCUAAAGGAUGAGGUUAAGAGAAUGGAGCAGUUCAGAGAGCGACAGAAAGAACAGAGAAAAAAGGUACUCAGAAGAAGCUUGUUUUCCUCAUUUGCAUAUAGAGGAAAUCUAAAAAAGAAGUGUUGUUUUCUGAGUCUCUUUUGUUGUGUAACAUCUUGUUUUUCUCAGUUUGAAGUCGUCAUGGAUAAGGUCCAGAAGUCAAAAGUCUCACUCUACAAGAAAACAAUAGAAUCUAAAAGAUCUUAUGAGCAGCGCUGCAAGGAGGCAGAUGAGGCAGAGCAAACUGCUGAGAAGAUGGGUAAUGCUACAACAGCCACACCCAAACAGAUCGAGAAGAUGAACAACAAAUCUAAACAAUGCAGAGAAGCUGCAGAAGAGGCAGAGAAGCAGUACAUAACAAACAUUGAACAGCUGGAAAAGAUUCGUCAAGAAUGGGACUCAACACACAUCAGCACGUGUGAGAUGUUUCAGCAGCAGGAAGAGGACCGUAUUAGUGUGCUAAGGAAUGCAAUGUGGGUCCAUUGUAAUCAUUUAUCAAUGCAGUGUGUGAAGGAUGAUGAGUGUUAUGACGACGUGAGGAAAACACUGGAAAAAUGUGACAUCAUCACAGACAACAACUGCUUUGUGGAGACGAAAAGCACUGGCUCAACCCCCUCAGCUCCCAUAGAAUACCAAAAUUACUAUGAGAGGGAUGCAAGAGCUGACAGAAAUGGAGGUGCUGGAUUUGUCGGAGGAGUCAUGAAAAGGUUUUCGAAUCUCCUGCAGGGGAACUGUUCGAGUGGCUCCAAAACAAGCAUCAACGAACCAGUUGCACAACCUACCGGUGAACCAUCAGAUGGCGUUUAUGCUUCCAUUCCUGGAUUUCAAGCGUCUCAGCUGAGCAACGAGGAGUACAAGGCUUUGUAUGACUACAUUGCCCAGGGGGAAGACGAGCUGUCUGUAUCUGUCGGGGACGUUGUGAUUGUCAUAGAUCAAGGUGACGACGGCUGGUGGAUGGUGCAGAGGAAUGGACUUACUGGAUUGGUUCCAGGCUCAUACCUUACCAGAGAAUGAGUUUACCUUCCCACAUGCGUAUGAAUACUAAGUUUCCUCAUGCAAUACUGUAUUAUAAACGUUCUGUUAUUUGAAUUUGCCUUAUAGUUCAAUCUUAUUUGCUACUUAUAAUUCUGUUACAUGCAUGAUUAAAGCCCUUAUGAGAAGGAUUUGAAAGGAUCCAACCCUGAGACCUUGAGAGUGAAGGACUGAAAGUAACACAGAGGCUUCACCCAUGUUCAUAGGGAUUGUUUUCCAAUAAACAAAAAUUCAUGCAAUCAAACUAAUUUCAACAAUGCUAAUGUCAAAUAAAAAUUCUACACGUAGGGGCUUUAACAUACAAUGGCAUAAGACAUCAUUUAUUAUGCUGGCUAAAAUGGCACAAACAUAUUCAUACUAGUUUGCCCUUACUGAUGGUGUGGUGAGUGCUCCUCAUUCCAAUGACAGCUGGGGGAUUUACUCAUCUGUCACAGAAGGUCACUGCACUAAAUGUAUUCAUAUACUCUGGUAUUCUUCUCUGAGGUCCUAAAUGUUGGGCAGAAUUAUUGAUUACUAUUCCUAGCCUGUAUAUAUUAUUCCUAUGAUUAGUUAUUGUUUGUAUUCUGAUGUAGAAUAUUUGUUUGUGCAUGCAUUUUUAUUUAUUAAAUAUGAAAGACAAAUACUCAGGUUUUUAUUUGUUUUUAAGCACUGUUAACAUUGUCUUAUCCCCCGCAGCAGCUUUGCUACAGCGGGGAUUCAUUUGACCUUGAGGCAAAACUAAUUUUUAAAAACUACUUUUUUAAUGGUUGAUGACACCACAUUACAAUUAUUUUA